CGGCCUCCCAUCUCUCGCUCUCCGUCUCCCCCUCGGCCCCUCUCAGUCUGCUGUUGACCGGGCGCCCGGGCCCGUCCCCUGGCAGCCGUCUGCGGUGGGCGCUCCGGCUCCGUGCGCUGUGCUGCGCUGCGCUGCGUGCCCGCCCGGCCCCGGGAAGUGGGGCGACUGGGCGGCCGUGCUGUCUGCAUUUCUCCGGGAACCUCCCGAGGGGCUCACCGGAAGCUGAAGCGCUACCUGAUUGGGGCUCACGGGCAGGGUGAGGAAAGCUGCAGCAACACGACCCCCUGAGCUGAUGAGCCUCAUUACAGACCGGCUGGUGGAAGACGGAGCUGGGAGACCCACCUUACAGGCCACCAGCAAGGGGGCGCCCGGGGGGCUCCCAGCAGCCUACCCACAGCCCCCGAGGAGGACCCUGCCACUGCCUGCUCUGGGCCCAUGGACUGACUGGCCGCGCGCGCAGGGCCGCCUCUCCCUACGGAGGUGCAGCUGCGGGAGCCCUGGGACUUCACAUCAUGUUGGCACCGGGCAGCAGCCCCGAGCAGAGGACCUGGCUUGCCCUGCAGUGGAAGCAGAUCUCCUGGAUUAUCUGCUGGGUCACCCUGUGUGCUGUGGAAGCCCUUUCCCCCUGCCCUUUCUCCUGUAAGUGUGACAGCCGCAGCCUGGAGGUGGACUGCAGUGGCCUAGGACUUGCCGCCGUGCCCCCAGACGUGCCCGCGGCCGCCCGGACCCUGUUGCUCUUGAACAAUAAGCUGAGCACCCUGCCGAGCUGGGCAUUCACCAACCUGUCCAGCCUGCAGCGUUUGGACCUGUCCAACAACUUCCUGGACCAUCUGCCCAGCUCCGUUUUCGGGGACCUGACGAAUCUGACCGAGCUGCAGCUGCGCAAUAACAGCAUCAGGACCCUGGACAGGGACCUGCUGCAGCACUCUCCCCUGCUCCGCCACCUGGACCUGUCCAUAAACGGCCUGGCCCAGCUGCCCACCGGCUUUUUCGACGGACUUCCGGCUCUGCGUUCCCUCUCGCUUCGCUCCAACCGCCUGCAGAACCUGGACCGGCUGACGUUUGAGCCCCUGGUGAGCCUGCAGCUGCUGCAGGUUGGGGACAACCCCUGGGAAUGUGACUGUAGCCUGCGUGAGUUCAAGCACUGGAUGGAGUGGUUCUCCUACCGAGGGGGGCGCCUAGACCAGCUUUCCUGCACUCUCCCCAAGGAGCUGAGGGGGAAGGACAUGCGCAUGGUCCCCAUGGAGAUGUUCAACUACUGCUCCCAGCUGGAAGACCAGAACAGCUCAGCUGGGCUGGAUAUUCCUGGGCCACCCUGCACCAAGGCCAGCCUAGAACCUGUGAAACCCAAGCCAGGGGCGGAGCCCGAGCCUGAGUCCAGCACAGCCUGUCCCCAGAAGCAGAGGUACCGGCCAGUGAGCGUGCGGCGGGCCAUCGGCACAGUUAUCAUUGCGGGGGUCGUCUGCGGCGUCGUCUGCAUCAUGAUGGUGGUGGCUGCGGCCUAUGGCUGCAUCUACGCCUCCCUCAUGGCCAAGUACCACCGGGAGCUCAAGAAGCGCCAGCCCCUGAUGGGAGACCCAGAGGGCGAGCACGAAGACCAGAAGCAGAUCUCAUCUGUGGCGUGAGAGCCCAGCCCACCUGGCCCAGGUAGGAAUGACUGAGGAGCUCGCCAGGGACUGCUCCAGGAAGAGCUGCCCCUUGCUUGCCUCCAUCGCACACCCUGCCUCGGCCUGACACGGGCCGCUGCUUGUCCCACUCCCGACCCAGCCCACCGGCAAACAAACCACCCUGUGGCUGUCUCUGAACCACACGUUCCUCCGUUUCCCCGGAAGCCACACCGUGCUGAAGGCUCCUGCGGAUGCCCCUGGCUGGACCCCUACUUUGCUGGAACAUCUGGGGGCACGGGGAAGGAAGACUGUGCAGGAGGAGGCCUCUGGACAAGCAUUCCCACGCCCCCCACCCCGUCUCCUUCCCUGCCCUGGCGUAGUCAGCCCGUGCCGUGGGUCUCUUGGCCCCUCGCUCAUCCCUACCUGAUCUGCGUUGAGGGGGCGGGGGGGAAGUGGCAUGGGGGCCAGGAGCUCCUGGUUAAGUCAGAAGGAUGUUUUUGAUCACCUUGAGGUGUGCAAGCAGCAGCGUCCAGCUGCUGGUAUGAAACGUAGACUUAGCAGCUGUGUCUUGCCCCCAACUCUUAGCAACACAGUCCUGUGAUCACACCACAGUCCCCUGGCUGAUGCCACUAUGGCCCUGCACCUGCUGAAGACCACGCUACUCCAGGACCCGCUGGGUCCCGCUCACACCAACGCAUUGCAUCACCAGCACAAUCACGUGGAUAGGGACACUGACACACCCACGAGGGAGCGAGGCUGAGUCCGUGGGGUAACGGAGACAUGGCUUACCCAUUGGAUCUCUAGCCCUUAGGCCGUAGGACCUCUGGCUUACUAUAUAACCUUCUCAAGUCAACUCAAGGGCGUGGGAUGGUGGGGAGACCUAGACCGAUACCACAAGGAUUCCUCUGAGAUGGAGAGAGAGAGAGAGA